AUGCCAGCUUUUAGCAGUAUUAGCUCAAUAAGAACAAGGACAAGUUCUGUGAGUAGUGAUGCGGUUCCAGAACGAAUGUCAGAUUGUUUCUUUUAUCGAAACUUGUGGUGGGAGAAGGGAGAAUUUAGUGAAAAGGCAAAGUGGGAAGAAGUAAC